AUGGUCGCCACGGUCGAAGAAAUCCUCGAAGCAGUUCGACGCGUACAGUGCGGCGAGUUGAAAGCAGCGGUCGUACGAAGUUCUCCUGUUACCAGAACUACUUUGUUCCAUUACAUCAAAAUGGUCAAGGAGCACGGAACGGUCAUAAAAGACAAGCGUGUUACAAAGCAAGUUCUCCCUGCCACGAUCGAGGACGAUAUUGUUGAGUGGAUCGCUGCAAUGCAGCGUCGUGGAAGGCCUGUGGACCGCGAACAGGUGAUCCGCGGAUGGUAUCAGAAGAUUCGCACUCGAAAUCCGAUUCUGUCGUCACAGCUGCUGUCAACGGGUCGCAACGCAGUGAACAAGGAAGGUAUCAUCUCGUGCUUUAAUUCGUUAAUUCGAGCUUGCGUUGGAUUUGAAUACGACACCAGCGAUGUAUACAACGUUGAUGAAACGAGUUUCAAGACCAAAUAA